CUCCCAGGGACGUUCUAUCUCCCCCGAGCUGCGACAUGAAGGACUACGACGAGGUGACAGCCUUUCUGGGCGAGUGGGGACCCUUCCAGCGCCUCAUCUUCUUCCUGCUCAGCGCCAGCAUCAUUCCCAACGGCUUCAAUAGUAUGUCGAUAGUGUUCCUGGCGGGGGUCCCGGAGCACCACUGCCGGGUGCCCGCCUCGGCUAACCUGAGCAGCGAGUGGAGAAACUACACUAUCCCGCUACAAAUGCAAGACGGCCACGAGGUGCCCGGAAAGUGCCAGCGCUACCAGCUCGCGGCUCUGAUCAAUUUCUCGGCCCUGGGGCUGGUGCCCGGGAGGGACGUGAAUCUGAGUCAGGUGGAGCUGGAGCCCUGCCUGGACGGCUGGGAGUAUAGCCAGGACACGUAUCUAUCCACCAUCAUCACUGAGUGGAAUAUAGUGUGUGAUGAAAACUGGAAACCCCCACUCACAACCUCAUUGUUCUUCGUGGGUGUGCUGAUGGGAUCCUUCAUAUCAGGACAACUCUCAGACAGGUUCGGAAGAAAGAAUAUCCUCUUUGGGACUAUGGCUGUGCAGACAGGCUUCAGUUUCCUGCAGAUCUUCUCCGUCAACUGGGAGAUGUUCACUGUGCUGUUUGUCAUCGUGGGCAUGGGCCAGAUCUCCAACUACGUAGUGGCCUUCAUAUUAGGAACAGAGAUACUUGGCAAAUCAGUUCGUAUUAUAUUCUCUACAUUAGGAGUUUGCAUAUUUUUUGCAAUUGGCUACAUGUUGCUGCCACUGUUUGCUUACUUCAUCAGAGAUUGGCGGAUGUUGCUACUGGCUCUGACGGUGCCGGGGGUGCUGUGUGUCCCGCUGUGGUGGUUUAUUCCUGAAUCCCCACGAUGGCUGAUAUCUCAAGGAAGAUUUAAAGAGGCAGAAGAUAUCAUCCAAAAGGCUGCAAAAAUGAAUAACGUGACAGCACCAGUCGUAGUAUUUGAUCCUUUGGAGCUCCGGGAGCUAACGCCUCUACAGCAGCAAAAGGUAUACAUCCUGGAUCUAUUCAGAACUCGUCACAUCGCCGUGAUCACCAUCAUGUCUUUGAUGCUGUGGAUGCUAGUGUCAGUAGGUUACUUUGGUCUCUCUCUCAACACUCCUAAUUUGCACGGAGAUGUCUAUCUGAAUUGCUUCCUGUCUGCUGCCAUUGAAGUCCCUGCCUACGUGAUAGCCUGGCUGCUGCUCCGAAAACUGCCCCGACGAUAUAUCAUUUCUGGGACACUAUUCCUGGGUGGAGGGGUUCUCCUUUUCAUUCAGCUGGUACCCACGGAAUACCAUUUCCUGUCCAUUGCCUUAGUGAUGCUAGGAAAGUUUGGAGUCACUUCUGCCUUCUCAAUGCUCUACGUCUUCACAGCUGAACUCUACCCAACCCCCGUCAGAAACAUGGCGGUGGGUGCCACUUCCAUGUCCUCCAGAGUGGGUAGUAUCAUUGCCCCUUACUUCGUUUAUCUUGGUGAUUAUGACAGGAUCCUGCCCUAUGUUCUCAUGGGCAGCCUAACUGUGCUCAUCGGCAUCGUUACCCUGCUUUUCCCAGAAAGCCUUGGAAUGGCGCUACCAGAAACCUUUGAACAGAUGCAGAAGGUAAAAGGUUUCAGAUCCAAGAAAAAACCAAGGAACUCCACUGGGAGAGAGAAGAAUUCCAAGGUUUUCAUAACUGCAUUCUGAUCAACUUCUGUCACAUUUGGUAAACAGAGGUCUCUGAGACUGAGGAGAAACCAAAGCAUAUCCUGCCAGAAAGGACUACCUGAUGGAAAACACAAAGAGAACCCCAUUAUUGUCAAUAUCUUUGCCAUAUGUUAAACUAAGGUACUGCUAUUUCUGAUAUCUUGUCUUGUCAGCCAGAAUCAAAAUAUGUUUCUAUAGAAUUCUCAAAUGCAGUGGCUUCAUUUACAUCCAUGAAGGAGGUCCACAAUGCUUUUUGAGGAUGUGAUAGCCAAGAAGUGAAAUGCUCAGGGUGUCUCACUUAUUUUUAGACAGGCAAAUACCACCCACAUUAGAAACAUUUCAGAAGUUAAAGGCAGGAAUACAGCUUUGGGUACUGAGAGGUGUCUGGGGUUUAUUUAUUUUUUUUCAAUUGAAGCUGCACUUCCAAUGUAGUUAUUUCUAAAGCAAAAGCAUUUGGCAUUCCCUAUGAAGUAGAAAGAGUUUCAUAGUAUUCCUACCCUCAAUAUUUGAUGUACACUAACGUAAGAAUCUUUUAUCCUCGUAUUUGAAGACAUCUUUAAAAACAUUAACUUCACUUCCCAGAUAGCCCACUUGAAAUAAACUAAUGGUAAAAGUCCUUAUCAUUGUACAGGUAAGUCAUAGAGGUAAAGAAGCUGGUCAAAGUGACUCAGCUGCUAUUACCCAGAAUGGAGCUAGGAGGAUAGUCCUUGGCAUCAUAGGCCAGUACCAGCAUCCUCAUAGAGUACAUUCUCAUAAAACUCCACAUUUUUCAGGUUUCAAUUUGAAUAUGAAAAUAAUCCUGUUGUAUUAGACUUGUUUACAAAUCAGAUAUUUCUAUUGUAUAUUAGGAAAAGUUUGAAUAAAAAGUGCAUUGCCAAGUCAUCCCACUGGCAUGGAUGUUACCAUACUAGUGUUCACUGUUCGUGGCAAGAAUCUGACCUAAGCAUAUUUUAAAAUGGAAGCUGCUCAAAGCUAGAAAUAGGUUUUUGGUUUUUUAAAAAAAAUCAUUAAAAACAUCUCUUUUCCAGAAAUGGCUUUUCUGUCCUUGAGCACUACUGUCCAGAUGUGCCCCCAUCUUUCUGACUGUACAUUGUCAAUGAUAGGCAUCAGGGUUUACCACUGGGUAAACUGAUUAAGUUAGCACUCCUGCUAAGGUGCAAAAGUUUGCAUUCAUUUGAUGUAGGCUAGCCUACACAUUAAACAAUCAGACUGGAAAUGCCAGUGUUCCUACUCAGUCUUUACAUGGUCUUGUCUCUGAAAGCUGCUGAAGACCAAAUCCUUGUUAUCUAAGAAUUGUCUACACACAUUCCUCUUUAAAAUAUAGUUUUUCUGAAGAAAAAUACAUAAAUGCUUCAAGCAUCAUUGCAGUAAGCUGACUCAUCUUACUCCCCACAAUGUGUAAUGCUACAGGGUAUAUGGAAUAAACCACUAAUGGCCACUAGAUUUUUUAUUUUGACAUGCUUUCUGUAGCUCCUGAAAAAAAUUUUCUUCAACAGAGAAAUGUCCACAUAAUAAACCACUAAUGGCCACUAGUUUAUUUAUAUGUCCUCAGUGGCUCUUGAAAAGAAUUAUCUUCAACAAGAAACUUUCCAGGUCUAAGUACUUUUCAAAGGAACCUCUGAUUUGGCAUCUAGACGAGCUUUUUUGAUCAUUUAAAGAUGCUCACUUCAACAUCUUUGACAUUGAUAUUAAUUAUUAAACUCCUUAAGAGAGGAUUUUUUGGAGGGUACUAUUAGUAUAUGUGUGUAUAGUAUUGACACACUGAACCUAUUGCACAUUAUUACAAAUGUAAUUUUAAAUAUAUUAAAGUAUUUUAUAAAUCUCAUGCCUCUUGUGGAGCAAAAAAACUUACAUAUGCAUUUUUAAAUGUUUGGUAUUGUGGGGGUUUCCCCCAUUUUCACUCAUUCACUUUAUCAUUCAGUCUCAUAUAUUCUAGAAGGAAAAAUCUGUCUCCUCUGGGCCUUUAGGCUUCUCUCAUUUAAUUCAGUAAGCAUUUAUUAAGCUCUUAGGGAUGUAUCAUGUGUAUAAUGACUGUCAAAGAGCAAAGGAUUUAUUCAGCAAGGCCCCCAUGCUGCUGUUUCAUUUAUGUAGUGUGGUUUUUUAAAAUUAUGGUUUGCUUCCUGAAAAUUAUAUAUGGUCAAGAAUAUAAAGUGAAACAAUCCCUGAGAAGUAUUUUUGUAAAGGUCAUAAAGCAUUCCCUAGCCAAGAAUGUCUUGAAUUUUAAACUGUGUCAGUGAUUUCAAGAUGGUACGAUAUAUAGAAUGUAUAAGUGCCUUAAACUUUCCUGUAUUCUUCAAAGAUUAUAAAUGUUAGAGCUGAAAGGGACCUAGAGA